AAAUGUUUCAUCACGCUUUCACUCAGAAGACCUUCGUACGUGGCAUCAGCCAGUAUUUGCGCAAAUAUUUACUGUGGCCAAUGAGUUGGACCUCUUCGAUGCCUUACAAUCUGCCAUUGCAGAAGAUGCCACAAUGAAUCAGCUGCCUUGGAUUCAGCAAGAUUCUAUACGCAGUAUUAUGCUCUCCUGGACGCACAGUGAGUGGAUUCCGAUUGUAAGCGUUUCGCGCGACUAUGAACGGAAUACCAUCACCAUAAAACAACGUUCGAAGGAUCAGAAAUCUCGCGAACACUGGUGGAUACCAUUGAAUUUUGCCAGUGCAUCUGCGCCGGACUUUGAGCGUACAAGCGUCGACUACUUCAUGCCGCCCGUGACUGAAGUGACACUAAACGCCAGCGAGUUGGGCAUCGAACUGCGACCUGACGAUUGGCUUAUCGUCAACAAACAACAGACGGGCUUCUAUCAUGUACUCUACAAUGAUGCCAACCUCUGGCUCAUAGCCAAACAAUUGCACGACAAUCACACGCACAUACAUCCACUCAAUCGCGCUGCUAUUUUCCAAGAUCUGGGCCCACUUAUUGAGAACAACGAAAUACAGUCGGUGGAUGUGAUAUUCGAAUUACUAGAAUAUUUGCAGUACGAAGAGAAUCUUAUACCGUGGAAUCAGGUGGCCGACACAAUCGUCUUUCUAGGCAAGAAUCUCUUUGGUACUCUCUCACACAAAAUGUACAACCAUUUUGUGCGCCAGCUCAUCAGGUCAAUGUUCAUACGCCUCUUCGAAAUGCCGCUGCAUGAAAACCUCACCAACACCGACUUGCUGGCGAGACAAAAGAUCAUGGAAAUGGCUUGCUUGGUCGAUCUGAAAGAAUGUCUGGACUACACGCAUAAUCAAGCACACGAGUACAUAUUCGGUAAUGUGAAAUUCGGCAAUGACAUGAGCUAUUAUGCCAUGUAUGAGACCAUACUCUGCUUGGGUGUGAAAUAUCUCAGCGACAUGGAGUUCAAUGCCAUUUUGGAUUUGUUCGCCAAGACCGAACGUGACACACUGUGGUACGAUGAUCUUAUUUAUUCCUUGCGUUGCACACAGAGUCAGUCGCAUCUACGACAAUAUCUCAAUCUCUUGCUGGGGGAGAAUUCUACCAAAAGCAUUAUGAAUGACAGCGAAUCCAUGAUGUAUCUCUUCUACUUGUUCAAAAGUAAUAUAGCCGCACGACCAGUAAUGUGGGAGUUUUUCGAGAGCAAUUACCGUGUGCUCUGCCGUUCGCAAAUACAUGGGAUUUGCAUUAGUCGCUGUAAGCCGAAGGAAUGA